AUUCAAUGGUGCUGCUGUUUGUGCUUGUGAUUUUCAGUGAGAACCAGCUAUUUUUAGUGGGGAUGGGCCCCAAAAGUGCAGCUUCUGAGUUCCGACAUCACCUGGUCACACUCCUGGCAGGCAAUAACACAAUUUCGAAAAUUAGAAUUUAUUUGCUGAUCAAUAGCCAAGUCGAAAACACCUGUUCCUUGCCCAUCCAGAAUGUCUGACGUGUUCAUCGUGUCCGCUGCACGCACUCCCAUUGGUAGCUUCAAUGGUACGCUUUCUAAACUGAAGGCAUCCGAUCUGGGCAGCGUGGUGAUCCAGGAGGUGCUCCGGCGGGCGAAUGUGGAGGGCCAGGAGGUCAACGAAGUCAUCUUGGGCCAGGCACUAAGCGCUGGUCAGGGCCAGAAUCCCGCACGCCAGGCUUCGCUCAAGGCUGGUCUGCCCAUUCAGGUGCCUGCCUACGGCAUCAAUAUGCUGUGUGGUUCCGGCUUAAAAACUGUAGCGCUGGGCUACCAGGCCAUCCGCUCCGGAGAUGCACAGAUUGUUGUGGCAGGAGGUCAGGAGAGCAUGUCCCUGGCUCCACACGUCAUGCAUCUGCGGCAGGGCGUCAAAAUGGGACCGGGCACCUUGGUGGACACGAUGAUCCACGACGGCCUGACCGAUGCCAUGGAGAACAUACACAUGGGCAUCACCGCCGAAAAUCUGGCCGAUAAAUACCAAAUCAGUCGCGAAGCCCAGGAUGCCUAUGCCGUGCAGUCUCAAAAUCGAGCUGAGGAGGCGCAAAAUAAGGGCUACUUCGACAAGGAGAUUGUGCCCGUGGAGAUCAAGGACCGCAAGGGAACGAUCACAUUCAGCAAGGAUGAGUACAUCAAGGCGGGCAGCACCGUAGAGGGUAUACAGAAGCUCAGGGCAGCCUUCAAAGAGGGCGGCUCUAUAACCGCUGGUAAUGCCUCUGGUGUCAACGACUCCGCUGCUGCAGUGCUGCUGAUGUCUGGCGAGGAGGUGGCCAAGAAGGGCCUAAAGCCGCUGGCUAAGAUUGUGGGCUGGACGCAGAGUGGCAUUGAGCCCAAGGUGAUGGGACUCGGACCAGUCACUGCUGUCGAAGCAUUGCUCACAAAGAUUAACUGGAAGCGCGAGGAAGUGGAUCUCUACGAGCUAAACGAAGCCUUCGCCGCCCAAUCACUGGCUGUCCUACAGGACCUGCAGCUGGAUGCACAAAAAGUAAAUGUGAAUGGCGGUGCCAUUGCGCUGGGCCAUCCGAUUGGCGCUUCAGGUGCCCGUGUCUUAGUCACGUUGCUCUAUGCGCUGGAGCGCACCGGUGGCAGUCGGGGAAUUGCAUCGCUCUGCAUCGGUGGCGGCAUGGGAAUCGCCCUCGCCGUGGAGCGCCUCAACUAGUCCCAAUUCAUUGUCAUUCAAGCUAUUUAUUGCCUUCCCUGUUUCCCACUUAAGCGUAAAGUUUAUUUUUCUAUCUUCCAUAGUAUUCGCACGUACUUAAAGACGCAACCCAUGCCACAAAUCUACUCAAUUAAAAUUCAUUUGAUAAAACUUGCACUUUAGCGUACUUUGCGUUCGUGCCUCCACAUUGUUUUUGAGGAAUUGUACUGUAAACAUUUUCGAAUUGCGUCAGCUGAAAAUUAUUUAUGAAACAUCAUUUGUUAUGAUGAUGCACAACCAAUUUAUUUGCUUUAGUUUCUGUUCUUACACAUGCAAUUAUUUGUACAUCGUGAAUUCAAUUAGCGUUUAACUGCAAGUCGGAGAAAAGUCUCAGAUUUUUCAAGUGAGCCAUUAAAACUUAGGCAUAGCAUGAUUAUAAAAUACGUAGGCUUACACAAUUAGUAACUUAUGCAGCUAUUAAAUGUUAGCUUAAACAUUAAAUUGAGCCAACGUUUAAGUUAAAUAGCUUCUUAAAUUCUUAGCAGUGGAAGUUAGUUGUUUAUUGUGCCAAUACUUUUAUCUGACAUUGUUGUGGACUUUGGAAUAAGGCCACGAAUAUCAUAAAUCGAAAGGGAGAAGCCUAAAAUAUAAUACAGUGCACAUAUUACGAAGGAAUUAGCUAUUGACAUGACAAUUUGUUAAAGGGAACUAAAAUAGUUAUAAGCCUAAGUGUGGUAGACCUUAUUGCUAUGGAGUACACUGUAGAGGCUAAAUUGAACAAUUCAGAGUCUCGCGUGUUUUAUUGCUAUAAUCAAAUACAAUGGUUUGUACGUAAGAA